GCCCGCCCCCCCCCGCCCGCCUCCCGCGGGCGCGCAUGUGCCCGCAGCUCCGCUCCGUUCUCCCGGGAGCUCCGCGGUACCGCAGCCGAGACCUCCCCCUGGGACCGGGCUGAGCCGAGCCUGGCUAAGCCGAGCAUAACCGGGCCGGGCCAUGGCCCCGCCGUGCGCCGGGGCGCUGCGCUGCGCGCUGCUCUGCGCGCUACUGUGCGCGCAGGGACCCGCUCCCACCCGCGCAGCUUUGGCAGGAGAGUGCGGCGAGCUGAGGUCCUGCGAGGCAUGCACGGCCGGCACUGCCCUACACAACACCACUGGCUGCGUCUGGGUGGGCUGCGGGACCCCCGAGGAGCCAGAGACAGGGACCUGUGUGCAGAAAGGGGCAGCAGCGCGGGAGACCUGUGCGCUCUACAACACCAGCACCCUGUGUCGAGUGCCUCUGGCAGCGCUGAAGUCCCCCACCGAAGAGCCGCCACAGUCCCAUAGCAAGGAGCCGGCGACGCACUCCCCAAGGACCACCACCACCAGUGCCCCGUUGACAGGCAGCCCUGAGUUUCACCCGCCUGGCUUUGACACGGCCAGCUUCAUCGGCGGCAUCGUGCUGGUGCUGAGCAUCCAAGCCGUGGUCUUCUUCAUCAUCAAGUUCAUCAAGUCGAAGGACAGCACCUACCAAACGCUGAUCUGAGGCUGCUGCGUGCCCCGGGCUGGGGAGAUGCUGCCCUCGUCCUCUUCAGGGCAGGUAGAGAAGAGGCCAGCGCUGCCGGCAUCCCUGCCCGCUGCCGGUGUCCCUGCCUGGUGACAGCGUCCCUCCCCGCUGCCGGACCCUCCGUGUGCUCCCCAGCCGCAGGGCCCCUGCCCACACCACAACUAUGCAAAGCUGGCUCUGCCCCAGGCUGCCCUCUCUGCCCCGUGGGGGGGACACCAGGGUAGGACACGUCACCCAGGCCUGACCCCUCUCCCCAGCACGGCUGGGGUGCUCUGAGGGGUUUGCACCCAGUGUGGCCACUGUCACACCUUCUGGCCGCUCCUCGGAGGGGUGCAGCUGGGCGUGGGGGUACCAUCCAGCCCUGAACCCCAGCCUUGGGGUGCCCCACACACACCCUCUGUGCUUGCCAGGAUCCCGGAGGACCCAGGGCACCCCAGGGGUCAGAGGACACAUGGCCACAGCUGGCAGCAGUAUGGCCCUAUGCCAGCCAAGCCCCCAGCCCCAUGGUGGGCAGAGCCCGAGCUGGCACCGGGUGGGGAUGGAGAGGGACAGAGACUCAAUAAAGGAUUUUCCUCCUA